GUGGAUGUAUGAGCUACGUCCUACUGGACCGGAUCCCACAAGGUCACGGGGCUGGUAUUCAGCAAAGCAGGCAUAUAAAUUUAGCUGCAUGAAAAGCCACGGAUUAUGUCUUGGGACUCUCGUAUUUCAUCUUCAUAGGAGUGGUUGCGAUGGCCAGCCCUCAGGUGUUAAGAGGUGGCAGAUAUUUCAAUCACACUGCGCUCGCUCAUACUGUUGCUUCUUCUCACUUUAGACUCAGUCUGCUCUGUUUAACAUUGAGGACGUUGAUUUGGAUUUUUUAUUUCGAAGAUCUGAGGUGAUAUGUAGAGAGUGACCAAACUUUAACAUACGGAUUUAAGGCUAAAUUCGGUGUUCGAUACAUUUGAGGAGCUAUCAUGGAUGCUUUAGCUUUAGAAGCGAAAGGAGCCAAGGGUGAAGGUUCGGCGGCUCCUGCUCCUGCUGCUCCACCUCCAAAACCCAGACCAAAACCUCCAAAAAAAGCCAAACGGAUUGUAUACUUUGAGGUGGAGAUACUGGAUGUCAAAACCAGGGAAAAACUACUACUGCUGGAUAAGGUAGAGCCAACAGCCACGAUUCUGGACAUUAAGUCUAUGUUCCACAAAUCAAAUCCACACUGGUAUCCUGCCAGGCAGUCUUUAUGCCUGGACCCAAAAGGAAAACCCCUAAAAGAUGAAGAUAUCCUUCAGGAGCUUCCUGUGGGAACCACUGCAACCUUCUACUUUAGAGACUUGGGAGCCCAGAUCGCAUGGGGAACUGUGUUCUUAAUCGAGUGCAUUGGACCACUUGUCCUGUACCUGCUGUUUUAUUUCAGACUGCCCUUAAUCUACGCUCCCAAGUACGAUUUCACCGCCAGUAAACAUUUAGUUGUGCAUAUAGCCUGUGCCUGUCACACCUUCCACUAUGCAAAGAGGAUCAUGGAGACAUUGUUUGUCCAUCGCUUCUCCCAUGGCACCAUGCCAUUUCGUAACAUUUUUAAAAACUGCAUAUAUCACUGGUGCUUUGCUGCAUGGAUGGCUUAUUACAUCAAUCACCCUCUCUACACAACGCCAUAUUAUGGUGAGAAGCAGGUAAAGACAGCGCUGGGAAUCUUCCUAUUCUGCCAACUUGGAAGCUUCUCAAUUCAUAUGGCUCUGCGCAGUCUUAAACUACCUGGCUCAAAGACUAAGAAGAUUCCUUAUCCAACAAAGAAUCCUUUUACUUGGAUAUUUGCACUUGUUUCGUGUCCAAACUACACAUACGAGGUGGGAUCUUGGCUUGGAUUCACGCUCAUGACCCAGUGUGUGCCUGUCUUGUUCUUCACCGUGGUGGGAUUCAUCCAGAUGACGGUCUGGGCCAAAGGAAAGCAUCGCAGUUACCUAAAGGAGUUCAAGGAGUACCCCACACUGCGCUCACCAAUCCUGCCCUUCGUCCUGUAGCACUGACAAGAUCGAGAUGUUUUUAAAUCAAAUAAAAUCUGUAUAAAUAUACAGCAAGUCUUAAUAUAUUGAUGUACGAAAAACUGACUGUAGCACAUUGAGACACUCUAAUGUAUUUAUGACAGGUCAUUCUAUUUUAAUAGCCACGAAUGGAGAAAUGACUAAUGCCAUAAAGUGAAUUAAGGGAUACUGUU